UUUCUCACUGGAAAACACAGUGAAAAAAAAAAUGGAGAUGAAGAAGAAGAACGAAGAAGUGAGUGAAGAAGCAAAAGAGAAAAUCUCAGAAAGACUCUCAUCUCUAGAAAAUCUCUGGUUCCCACGCGCUCAACAAUCCACCGCCACACUCCCAUCCCAACGCAAAUCCAUCUUCCUCGAUCUUCUCUCUCGCGAUCCAUCCCUCUUCCUAGAACGAUACGGUUCCAAUCUCACAUCCACCGAGUUAACCGAAUUCGACUCAAUGAAACACGAUUACGAAAUCAACUGGCACGUGACACGGUUACGGAGUUUAUUGAGUCCGUCACCGGAGGAAUUGAGGAAGAGGACGGUUAUGGCGAAGAAUAGACGGCGUGCUUAUUUGGAUAGGUUGAUGAUUGGUGCAAAGUAUUUUUCUGAAGAUGCUAUGAGAGAUAGAGAGCCUUAUUUACAUCAUGAGUAUGUUGGUAAGUUUCAGGAUCGUGUUGGAAGAUCGAUGGCGAGACCUGGUGAAAGAUGGUCUGAUACUUUGUUGAGAAGGUGUGAGGAAGCUGCUAUUGUUGCUAAGAUUAGAGGGGAACAGCAGAGGAUUGGUGUGCCUCAGAGGGAUUGGAUUGGUAAUGAAAACUUUCAAGAAGAGGAAGAGGAGGAGGAGGAGGAGGAAGAAGAAGAAGAGGAGGAGGAAGAAGAAGGUGAUGAUGUUGAAGAAAAAGAGACUGUGGAGAGACACUUGCCGCAGCCUGAUGCAACUGAUAAUGCCACAUCUGAUCCAUCCAGAGUGAGGCAUGGUCCAACCUUAUCUUCAGAAGAGCUGGAGGACAGGAUGAACCAAUUCAUUUACAUUAUGCAGCAGAAGUUUCUAUUAGGAGAAGAUCACGAACAUAUAGAUUACUCUAAAAUAGAUAAUGACGAGACCCUUGACGAUCAUUGGCAGAAAGAGGCCAAUGUUGAUGCAGAAGAGAGAUAUUUUGCUGAUGAUUAAACUGUAUCAGCUUGGUACGGCAGAACCAGAUGUGUAGAUAUUGCUUAACUUUUGACGGAUUGUGUUUGUAAUGUUAGUAACUUGCUGUUGGUAGCGUUUUAUUUCCCCGAGUUACUCUAGGUAUCCUAUUGUGCACAAAAUGUUAUAUUUGGUUCCGUACAGUAUAUUGUAGUAGAGGUUGAUUUUUUUUUUUU